UGACACGAGCGUCGUUGUCACCGCAGGUUCAGUCACGGCGGAGAUUUUGAGCGACAUGAAAGCAACACUUCACGCGUUUGACUUCGAGCGUCAGUUUGACGACCGAGUGGCGAAUGAGUGGUUUCAGGAGAACUGCGGACUGGCGUUUGUGUUGUCUGGCACAUAUGCGGCUGGGAUAUAUUUUGGCCGUGUCUUGAUGAAGGACAGACAGAAGUGUGACCUGCGGACUCCUCUCAUGCUCUGGUCUUUAUGUUUGGCCAUAUUCAGUGUCAUUGGUGCCAUGAGGACGAGCUGGUACGUGAUCAAUGUUGUGUCAUGGGACGGGUUCCAUCAGUCCGUGUGUGACACGGCGUUCUUCAGCGCCCCCGUCAGCAAGUUCUGGGCGUUUGCGUUUACCAUCAGCAAAGUCCCUGAGCUCGGUGACACUGUGUUCAUCGUUCUUCGUAAGCAGCGUUUGAUUUUCUUGCACUGGUAUCAUCACAUCACAGUUCUUCUCUACACCUGGUACUCAUACAGAGACCGUGUGGCCGGAGGCGGCUGGUUCAUGUCCAUGAAUUACACCGUUCACGCCGUCAUGUACAGUUACUACGCAGCUAAAGCCGGCGGUCUGCGCGUGCCGAGGCCGGUGGCCGUUCUCAUCACAGCGCUGCAGAUUGUGCAGAUGAUUGUGGGUUUCAGCCUGAUGGGACUCGUGUACAGAUGGAGAGAUGAAGUCCACUGCGUGGCCAACCCAAACAACCUGAUGUGUGGAUCUGUCAUGUAUCUGAGUUACCUGCUGCUCUUCUCUUCCUUCUUCUAUCAGUCGUACAUCAGAGGAGCCGCCGGGCCGGACGACAAGAGACCAAUGAAACGAGAGUAAGAACGUAAAGGAGAGCUCAGUGUGCACGUCUGAGAGUGAAUGUGAGUGAAUCACUGCUGCGGAUGUGAGGAAAAAAAACAUCAUCACCACGUCAGACAAGAAAUGACUGAACAUUAGUCUGUACUACUACAUGAAUGCAUCUGAUUGUUUUAAUCUGCUCGGGAGUGACGAGUUAAUUCAUCGUAAAGGGUUUUUUAAUCAUUACAAGUGGAAAUACUCAGGGCAAACACUUUAAUAACAUUUGUUGUUUUGUUUUAUGUAACGUUUAAAUAAUAAAAGAGCGAGUUUAUGCUGUAAAACAGAUUGGUCAUGUGACACUUUCUUGUGAUUUAUUAUCGUUUUGGUUAAACACUGUUUACUUUCUGUCUGAUGAUCAGAACACGUGUGAGAUCAGAUUUUCAUGAGCGGUUAGUGUACACUAGUCAGGGUUCAUCUGGUUGAAUGCCAGAGCUGUAGAAAUGUUGCAACACCUGUUCAGGUGAGAUAGUCAUCACAUCACAUUCUGUUCUACAGAGAGAUUCUCCCGCAUCUGUAAACCCGUCUCUUAAAACGUCAGGAUUUGAGUUUACAUUUGUUAUUUGUGUAACAUUGACAAAUAACUAAUAAACAUGAUAUUUUGUGCAGCUUUUUCU